AUGGCCGGCCACAUUUCUACAGCCGAGAAAGAACUCGUUCAAAAGAAAUGUAAGUUUUUCUGUACUGAUCUCUUUAAGGAGAAUUUUGGGAUAUUUGAAGUCAUGUUCUUCUUAUUUUAGACCUGCAUGCCAUUGUGCUAAUUUUAAGUUGCACUUCAAGAUAUAAAUCUUCAGUUUUGCUUUAAAAAUAUAUAUUUUCGCGUUCUUUUGACAGGGAGUAAGUCCAGGUAUUUUGUUUGGACGGAAGACCAUGAUGUCUUGAUGCUUCUCAAAGCUGUAACGAGCGAACCUUACAAUUUUAAACCGAAAAGCACCGAGAGAGCGAAAGUAUAG